CUAGCAAUUCUUGGUUCGGUACUGGACUAAAAGCAUUGACCACUACCGACCACUACUUCUGUACUUUACUCGAUCCUUUCUGUCGCCUUCAGAAAACAUUUCACCUGUAGAAUGAUUGUUGAAGAUGAAAAAACUCUGAUCAAUUGUGCGCUAUUGAAUACCGACUACUGUACUACACAAGUUAAGCCAUGUUCUAAAAAUUUGUUUAUCACAUUUAUCCAACAAGCGUCCCACUGUGCUGUGCGGCAGUUAAUUUUUUUUUAAUAUCUCUUUUAUUUAUUUAAAUAUCUACAUGCUAAUGUUGCUGUGUAUAUCAUUGUAGUUGUUGUUGUUGUCACUUUCGGUUGUGCGGUUGCAGCUUUAUGAUGAUUUACAAUAUUAUUAUAUGCACCCAUGCCGUGCUACGUCACCCCGACACACCACCACCACACGCCAUCGUCGUGCUCGUCACCAUACUUUGUGCCCGCGUACGCCCCGUUGCCUUGCCUUGCCUGCCUUAGCUUACCUUGGUUAUGCGGUGGGCUGACCGAUUGGCGCGUUGACCAGCUGUCUGACUAACUGACUGACAGUGGCUGGCUGGCUGUCGCUUUGGCUUGGCUGGCUAGCUGGAUCGUUCGUUGGGUUGCCUGGUUGGUUGGUCGGUUUGGCCGUUGGAAUUGCUCAUGUUAUUUAUUCAUAAUAAUUUGUGUUUGUUUUGUUUUUGUAAUUUGUGCACUUCGCUGUCGGCUGUCGGCUGCCGUUUGGCGGUUUUUGUCUCUGCGCUACGUUCACUGUUUGCUGAUUAUGUUUGUGGUGUUGUCGCCGUUGCUUGAGUGCUGUGUGUGUUGUGCUUGGCGCUGGGCGGCCGUUAGCUCGAGCUUGUUUGAGUGUAUUUUUAAUUAAUUGCAUUUAAUUGCGAUAAUUUGUGUGUACUUUAAAUGCAAAAUGCGAGUAGCAAUUGAGUGCGGAUUUUGUGAUGUGAUGUGAUGCGGUGUGCUGUGGUGUGGUGUUGUGUGGUUGGUGGUGCGCUGCACGUUUAUAGCGUUGCAUUGCUGUGUACGCUAGGAAUAAAAGCGAAAGCAACAAAAACAACAAAAUCUACAUAGGAACGUGCUGUGAUAAAUAACCUAUCGGUAGCAAAACUACAACAACGACGACAACAUGUCAUAUUACAGCAACAACGGCGAGUAGAGCGGCGUCAAUCAGCAACCAAACACUUUACAAGGCGUCAAACGACACCAGCAACACCACAACACACCACACCAUUCACCAAUCACGAUUGCCAUCUACACUCAUCACCGCUCCAUCGGCUCACCUCCACCGCUGCCGCCACCAUCAACACCAAUGAACAUUAUCGCUGUCGACAUCGUCAUUGGGCAAUUGAAAUUGUAAUUGAGUGUUUCGUUAUUGAUUUAUUGAAGUUGAUUUAUUGCCAAAAUGUGUUUACUGCUGUUUAUACGUACGUCAGUCUUUGAUGUUCUUGUUGUUAAUGUUGUUGCUGGCGUUGCGUUCCUUCACUCCAUGCGAGUGUCAUUCCAUUUGUUGUUGCAGUAAGUGGAUUUGACGCUUUAUUACUGCUGUUAUUUUUGCUAUUAUCCUUGAUUUCGGAAUCCUCUUUAACAACUGCUGUUGUUGUUGUUGCUGGUGCUGAUGGACCUUUUAGGCAACCAGUCAAUAGCUUUCAUUACAGCAACACUUGCACAUAAAUCGGCAAAGUGGAAAAUCAUUUUACAGCUGCUCAAUGCCGCACCGAAAACGAAGUUUAAAUAUUAUAUCAUCAUAGAGGGCAAUAAAAAGCUUAACACUGGACCGGAAGCGUGUCUUUAAAGGGUAAUGGCGGCCUCCACUCAGGGAGAAAUUCGAGUGGGUCCCGGCCACCAGGUAAACGAUGUCUAUGCAAAAUUGCCCGAUUAUAAUCCAAUUUCAAGCUUCCCCGUUGACAAAGAGAGCGACGAACGUGAAUUAGAAGAAUCAAGAUGGAGUCCUGGCAUUGUGGCCGAUGGCGAUUUGUUAAUGUUUUUGCGUGCGGCGCGUUCUAUGGCUGCAUUUCAAGGAAUGUGUGAUGGAGGUUUAGAAGACGGUUGUUUGGCUGCUAGUCGUGACGAUACAACAAUUAACGCAUUGGAUAUUUUACACGAUUCUGGUUACGAUCCAGGCAAAGCACUACAAGCACUCGUUAAGUGUCCCGUUUCGAAGGGCAUCGAUAAAAAGUGGACGGAGGACGAAACAAAGAAAUUCAUUAAGGGCUUACGGCAAUUCGGUAAGAAUUUCUUUCGCAUACACAAAGAUUUACUACCGCACAAAGAGACACCCGAAUUGGUGGAAUUUUACUAUUUGUGGAAGAAGACACCGGGUGCCAAUAAUAAUCGACCGCAUCGUCGACGCCGGCAAAGUGCCUUGCGUCGCAAUCGUGUCACACGCGCUAGUAAUACACCUCCGAAGAAGGAGGAUACACCGGAACCACAAACGGCGACGACGGCGUCAGCGGCGGCAGAUUCGACGCGCUCGUCGCCCGUUGUCUCCAAGGAGGAGAAUAGUUCUCUAACCGAGGACGAUAUCAGCGAGUGCGACAGCGAUUCCAGUCUGACAAACAAAAGGGAUGAAUCACCAUCUAGAAUGAGGACACGCAAUAAACAGCAGCAACAACAACAACAGAAUAAUAAUACAAAAGAGCAAGUAGCGAAUGGUAAACGACCCAAACGUGGUACUGAAACUCCCGACACAGUAACAGCAGCCGAUAGUCCAAAGACACCAACUAAAGGAGCAAACGCAAACGCUGAGAAUAAUACGACAACGACGGUGGCGGCGAAUAAGCGUAAGGGCGGUAAGCAGGAUACGCCGAACAAGAAGAAGCGUACCGAUGUGGAUGGUAGCGCAGGUUCUGGCAGUGGCGGCGGCAGCGGUGAUGUCACCGAUGAUGGCAGCAGUCUUAGUAAGGACAGUGGUAAGCGUAAGCGACCCGAUAGUCCGGCGGAAGAGAGCAUGAACUCGGAUAGUCGACCUGAUUCGGUAAUGGAUGAUGCCGAGUCAAAUACGACCGAUACCGUAGAACAGUCGUUAAAGGAGGGCAAAGAUAGCUCCGCCGGCAAAGAAGAUAGUGGUGCUGCAGAUGGCGAUUCCAAGGCGGAUAUUAUUGAGAAAUCAGAAAAGCCUGCUGAAGACACCAAAGAGACGAUCAAGAAUGACGAUGAAGAAACAAAUAUACAAGCGCCAGUUAGCGGACAAGCGCCUGUAGCGCCACCAACAAGCGAUGUCGGUAGCGUUGCGACUAAAGAGCCGAUCUCCAAUGUUAACGAGGAGAACAUGAGUGUGGUCAGUGCGCCGCCAACACCCAUGAAAGUGCCGACCAUAGCUACCGUUGAAGCUUUAAAUGCUUCGAUUGGCCGCGGCGAAUUGUCAACGGAACGAAAAGACACUGUCGAAAAAAUGGAUGUGUCGGAAAGUAAUUCUGUUGCCGUCGAUAUAGCGAAGGAACAGGAGAUGAUGAAGAAGAUCGCCAAUAUGAAGCAAGAAUCAAUGCAGCAACAACAACAGCAGCAACAACAACUGCCACCAAACAAUGCUAAUGUGAAUAUGCAAGAAACCGCAGUUUUCAUUAAGAAAGAACCUUUGGAUGAUUCCAUGGAUGCUACUUGCAAUCAGAACAGUAAUGAGCCGCAAGAUCUAAAAGUUAAAGUAGAGAUUAAAAACGAGGAAUGCAAGAAUAAUGUGGGCAUGCCGCCGACAUCAAUGUCUUCAGCGGUCAAUGACUCAGGUUGUGGUCCAGAGGUACCUCCACAGCCGACGCACAUGCAUAUGCACCUACCACCAUCCGGUGUCCAACCACCACCCGGAUAUAUUUUGGAUGGGCAACUCAAGUAUGGACCACCGCCACCACAAUCGAUGCCAAGUAAUGAUAACAACGCACCGCCACCGUCGGGCAUGCCCUUAGGUGGUCCUCCACCAACGCACAAGUAUCCUGGUGAUAUGGAAAUGAAGUACAAUGAGUCUGCAGCGGCGGCUGCUGCUGCUGUUGCUGGCAUCAAAUAUGAAGGUGGCAAAUUUGCAAUGCAGGAUAUCAAGUAUCCACCACCUCCACUGGAACACGCCAUGAAGUAUGGCACAGUACAAGACAUGCAAGCAGCAGCCGCGGCGGCGGCGGCAGCAGCUGCUGCAGCAGCGGGUAAAUAUGAUAUGAAAUUUGCCCUGGAACAACCGGGCAAGUAUCCGGGCGAUCUAUCUGCACAUCAACAACCGACGAAAGGUUUUCCAGGUGAGCAGUUAAAGUUGCCUGAGAUGAAGGGCUCAAAUAUUUAUAAUAUGCCAAAUGCUGAAAGCAAAUAUGCGCCUCCGACCAGUCAGCCGGGCGAUGUAGGUGGUUUGAAGUACGUUGGCCCUGGUGCACCACAAGAUCCGCAGCCACCACCUACGCACGGUGCGCCACCUGGUGCUACGCCGCCACCCGGCAUUGCGAUGCCGAAGCCCCACUAUCAGCAUGAGGUGCAACAUCCUUUGGCGCGUUCUGCUUUCGAGUCAAGCCUAAUGCUAAAGUAUGGCGAUCCAAUGUCUGCAAAGUAUGGACCACCACAAGAUUUGAAGUAUCCGCCACCGCCUCAAGGCUCAAAUGAUGGUGGUCCAAUGAAACCAUCACCGUAUGCGGAAAAUCUGGUUAAAGGUUCGCCUUACGGCACUCAAGAGCCUGGUGGUAUGAAAUACCCGCCUUCGGAAAGCCCAAUAGAUGCAUCAUCACGUUCGACCCCGGGUCAGGACAGCCAGGGUAGCAAUAGUAGUUCACAGCCGUCGUCACAGCAACAGCAAUUCCAAUCGCCGCAUCCAUCACCACAUUUGCCUUCACCGGCUGGUGGUGGUUUACCGCCUGGCAUGCAUCCACAAAAUUUGGUAUCACCCCACGGACCGCCAUCUCAUGGCCAGUUGAAUUCCGGUAUGCCACCUGGUGCAUCCGGUCCCCCACCACCCAGUUCAAUGCAUCAUCCACAUCUUACGCCAUCCCCGAACAACUCGCAACAAUUACAAGGACCACACCCACAGUCGUCUGUAGCUUCAUCGAUGCCACCGUCUUCAGUUGGCGCACCUCCGCCAUUGUCAACAGUAGCAUCGUCAGGCCUACAUCCCCAGCACCUCCCGCCCAGCCACCUGCAACAGUUGCAUCGUCAGCAUCCAGAUAUGCCCUCUGGUAUGCAUCCGCAUACCCCAAUUCCACUCACAUUACAAGGUCAUGAUCCGAGAGGUGGUCCGCCGCCACCUACACAUCAAAUGCCACCACAGCCAUUGCAAUCGAGCACAGUGCGCACGCCGUCGCCAGCACAGCAACCGCAGUCGCGUAGUUUGCACGAGGAGCGCAUGAAUAUCAAUAGUGGCACACCGACUGGACCGCCACGUGAACCACCAACGUCGCAAGCAUCGAUGCCACCACAACAGUCACCGCAUGCACACCGCAGUUCUCCUUUAACUGGUAUGCCAGGAAAUCCACCACCAGGUCUCAUUGGUCAUCCUAUGCCCAUACAUCCACAUCUAGCGCAUUUGCCGCCUGGUCAUCCAGCACACGCUGCUGUCGCUGGCGUUGGCCAUCCAGGACAUCCAAUGUUAUCGCACUCAAUGGCUGGAUUGGGUCCGGGAGGUGGUGGCCCAAUCGCUCUAUUGGCUGGACCACCAUCGUUGACUGGCAUGCCAGAGUCGCCACUCAGUAGACGCACACCGCCAUCACAUAUUGCACCACCGCAUUCCUCGUCUGCACCGCCACAUUCAUCCGUUUCUGGUAGUCUGUCUUCUACCACAACGUCAGUCAGCACUGCAACAAGCACGAAUACUGUGCCAUCAUCUGCAUUUAGUCGCGCUAGCCCGAGCGUGCAAGGACCUAACUCCAACAUUGGUGGACCGCAAAGCAUCGGCGGCAGUGGUAAUGCUGGAUUGCCUGGAAAUGGCGGUGCACCUGGUUCAAACGCUGCGCAUCGUUCAACAUCACCUGCUUCGAGUGUGAGCAGCUUGAGUCGACAGAGUCCGCUACAUCCGGUACCGCAAAGUCCACUCAGCCAUCAUCCGUCGUCAUCGGCAUUAUCGGCGGCGGCUGCCGCAGUAGCAGAGCGAGAUCGUCAUGCACUCUUACGACAACAAUCACCGCACAUGACACCACCACCAGUAUCCAGCGCUUCCACGUUGAUGGCCAGCCCAUUGAGCAAAAUGUACUGCCCUCAACCGAAUCAACGUGUACUGGGCACUUCACCGCCACCGCAUUUAAGGCCUGGCGCUUCACCGCCUGUCAUCCGACACCCACAAAUGCCACUGCCAUUGCCAUUAAUUCCGACAGGCGCUGGUAUACCACAAAUAGCCGUACAUCCCGGUCAAUCGCCAUAUCCCCAUCCACUUUUACAUCCCUCAAUGUUCUACUCCCCGCAUCAUCACAAUCCCUUCAAUUAUGGCUACGGACCAUAUGGACCUGGUUUCCCCACAGCCUACAUGAAACCACCUCCUCCUGGUGGACCACUUGACCCAGCUUCGGUGCUAAGUGGUCAUCAUCCUGGUCUACCGGGACCGCCACCCACACGUCCCGACGAUCCAGCAAUGGCAGCUGCGGCAGCGGCGGCGGCCGAAAAGCAAGCUGUAGCUGCUCACCAACUAAAACAACAGCAACAACAUCAUCAGCAUCAACAACAACAGGCGGCAGCACAAGCACAAGCUCAGGCUCAAGCUCAAGCACAGGCACAAGCGCAAGCGCAGGCGCAGGCACAGGCACAGGCACAGAACAAACCCCCAACACCAAAGACAUCGCAGGGCAGCAAUAGCAGUGGCGGUCCGCCGGGCAGUUCACAUUCGGCGCCUACUGGUCUGCCACCAGCUGGUUAUCCAGGAGGGCAUUUAGCCGGUUAUCCACCACCGCCGCACUCCUCGCCAUUCCAAGAUGGUCAACCAAUGGGUAUGAAGCCAACGUCGCACAUGGAUGCACUGCGAGCGCACGCACACUCGGCUAAUCUGGGCGGCCCACAUCACCCGACGGAGCCAUUACCGAUUGACAUCGAGCCCGAUCCAGAGCCAGAAAUUCCAAGCCCAACGCAAAACAUACCGCGUGGUCCUAGUCCCGAAGCCAAACCUGACGACACCGAAUGCCAUCGCUCGCAGUCCGCUAUCUUUGUGCGUCACAUCGAUCGUGGUGAUUAUAACUCCUGCACGCGUACGGAUUUGAUUUUCAAGCCUGUGGCAGACUCGAAACUCGCGAGAAAGCGUGAAGAGCGCGACAGAAAGCUAGCCGAAAAGGAGCGUGAGCGGCGUCAGCAACAACAGCAACAGCAACAACAGCA